AUGACACUAAUUUGCGAAACAGAACGUUCUGCCACAUGGAUCGAUUUUGCCGAUGGUGUCCCCUGUGUUUUGGGAAUCGAUGAAGCCGGAAGAGGUCCGGUUUUGGGGCCGAUGGUCUACGCGGCCGCAAUUUCGCCGCUAGACAAUGCGGAAGAACUUAAAGCACUUGGAGUGGCAGAUUCGAAAGCGUUGAAUGAAGCGAAACGAGAUGAGAUUUUCGAGAAAAUGGAGAAUGACGAAAAAACGCGGGAAUUUGUCGCAUACGCUGUUCGCGCAUUAUCACCUGAACUUAUCUCAACUUCCAUGCUCAAACGACACAAAUAUUCGUUGAAUGAGGUUUCACAUGAGGCGGCGAUUACACUUAUUCGUGAUGCAUUGGAAAAUCGUGUAAAUGUUGUGGAAAUCAAGGUUGAUACAGUUGGACCGAAGGCGACUUAUCAGGCGAAAUUGGAGAAAUUGUUUCCGGGAAUCGCGAUUUGUGUCACUGAAAAAGCUGAUUCGUUGUUUCCAAUUGUUAGUGCAGCAUCUAUCGCGGCUAAGGUUACAAGAGAUUCGAGAUUGAGAAAUUGGCAGUUCAAAGAGCAAAAUGUGAAAGUUCCUGAAGCUGGAUUUGGAAGCGGGUAUCCAGGAGGCAAGUUUAUCCUGGUUAUUAGAAAUCAUCCUCUUAUUGUUAAAAAUAUUGUUUUUUUAGAUCCCAACACAAAAAAGUUCCUGCAACUCAGUGUUGAUCCAAUUUUCGGGUUUUGCUCAUUGGUCCGACAUUCUUGGAAAACUGCCAGUUCGAUUGUUGAAAAACGAUGUGUAGCUGAAAGUUGGUGAGUUAUUUUUGGGAGAAAAUUAAAAUUUUUUAUUCGAAAAAUCACUGUUUCAAAAAUUUUAUCAAGAAGAAAUAUCGCGCCGCCAAAAUUCCUUGAAAGUUCAAAAUUCAAAUUUUUAGCGUAAAAAAUUCGAAAAUUAAAAAAAAAACCUAAAAUUAUAAUUUUUAUCCGAAAAAAAUCACUGUUUCAAAAAUUUGAUGAAUGAAUUUUCAAGUUUUUAAAAUUUAAUAGAUGACAUCGAAAAUCCUUUAAAGUUCAAAAUUCCAAUUUUUGGCGCAUACAUCAGUAUCCCCGGAUUUUCGUCCGGAGGGUCUGGCUAACUUUGGAAAAAAGGGGUGGGGACCGGCUAACUUUUUGAAAAAAUAACAAUUUACCCCCAAAAACCAAGUUUUUUCUCUUUUUUUGAGGGGGUCUGGCUAAUUUUUGUAUUUUCACAUUCCGGGGUGGCUAAUUUUGAGACCCUGACUGGGAGAAACCGAUGUAUGUUUUGGCGUAAAAAAAAUAUUCGAAAACUAGAAAAAAAAACAGAAAGAAAAUUGAAAUUAAACCUGAAUUUAAAUUUUUUAUCCGAAAAAAAUUCACUGUUUCAAAAAUUUGAUGAAGGAAUUUUCAAGUUUUCCAAAUUUAAUCGCAAAAAAUCCUGAUGACAAAAAUCCUUGAAAAUACUAAAUUUAAAGGGGUUGUCUUUCUACGCGAGAAAGCAAGUCUGCAAUUGUGCGUCACUAUUUUCAACUAACUAUAAACUGGCAUUAAAUUGACUUGGAACACCCCAAACGACUUAAUAAAUGUUUGGGUGUGAACUCCGAGAGAAGUACACACAAAUAAAUAAUGUGUGCGAUAGAGCGCACUUUCUUUCCUAGUUUUAAGGUUUUAGCGGCUUGUGUUUUUCACCAAAAGAUCAGUAUUUGCGCACCAAGAAAAUUUUCUGAACACGGAACGUUCAAGAAGCACCUUAGCCCAAGCGAUUUAGCAUAUCUUGCCUUGUGGAAAGACAACCCCUUUAAAAAAAAGUAAAAAAUUAUUCGAAAAUUUAAAAAAAACAGGAAGAAAAUUGAAAUUAAACCUGAAAUUAAAUUUUUGUCCGAAAAAAAUCACUGUUUCAAAAAUUUGAUGAAUAAAUUUUCAAGGUUUCCAAAUUUAAUUGUACAAUAAAUCCUAAUUUUAAUUUGUUACACCAGAAAAAAAUAUUCAAAAAAUCACUGUUUCAAAAAUUUUAUGAAUUUUUUUGUGAAAUGUUUUCUUCAGUUUGACGCCCAUCGCUGUCCAUGAAUUUUGGCUGAAUUUUUUUUUCUGCAAUCACUAGAUUUCAAACAAAUAUGAACAGAAAAUUCAGCAUAAAAUAUUCACUGUUUCAAAAAUUUGAUAAAUGACUUUUCAAGGUUUCCAAAUUUGAUGAUAGCAAUUAGUAUAUAGUAGAUUAAAUCCUGGUGACAAAAAUCCUUGAAACUUCAAAAUUCAAAUUUUUUACGUAAAAAAAUUCGAAAAUUUAAAAAAAACAAAAAGAAAAUUAAAAUUAAACCUGAAAUUAACAUUUUUAUUCGAAAAAAUUCACUGUUUCAAAAAUUUAAUGAAUAAAUUUUCAAGUUUUCCAAAUUUAAUCAAAUCCCUACUCCGAAAAUCCUAGAAAAUACAAAAUUCAAAUUUUUGGCGUAAAAAAAUAUUCGAGAAUUAAAAAAAAUUGAAAUUAAACCUGAAAUUAAAACUUUUAUCCGAAAAAAAAUCACUGUUUCAAAAAUUUGAUGAAUGAAUUUUCAACGUUUCCAAUUUUAUUAGGAAGUGUCACUUGUGUGAUCCUGCGGUCAAAAAUCCUUGAAAGUUUCAAAAUUCCAAUUUAUAUGUAGUGUAAAAAAAUUAUUCGAAAAUUAGAAAAAAACAGGAAGAAAAUUGAAAUUAAACCUGAAAUUAAAAUUUUUUAUUUGAAAAAAAAUCACUGUUUCAAAAAUUUGAUAAUGAAUUUUCAAGUUUUCCAAAUUUAAUUAAAUAAUAAAUCCUGAUUGAAUCGAAAAUCCUUGACAGUUCAAAAUUAAAAUUUUUAACGUAAAAAAAUUAUUCGAAAAUUAAAAAAAAUUGAAAUUAAACCUAAAAUUAAAAUUUUUAUCCAAAAAAAAUCACUGUUUCAAAAAUUUGAUGAAUAAAUUUUCAAGGUUUCCAAUUUUAUUACGGAAAAUAUAAAAUUCAAAUUUUUAGCGUAAAAAAAUCGAAAAUUAAAAAAACAAAAAGAAAAUUAAAAUUAAACCUGAAAUUAAAAUUUUUAUCCGAAAAAAUUCACUGUUUCAAAAAUUUGAUGAAUAAAUUUUCAAGUUUUUCAAAUUUAAUCGUAUUAAAUCCUGAUUGAAUCGAAAAUCCUAGAAAGUUCAAAAUUCAAAUUUUUAACAUAAAAAAUAUUCGAAAAUUUAAAAAAACAAAAAAGAAAAUUAAAAUUGAACCUGAAAUUAAAAUUUUUAUCCGAAAAAAAUUCACUGUUUCAAAAAUUUGAUGAAUAAAUUUUCAUGUUUCUUAUUUUAUUACGAAAAAUAUAAAAUGCCAAUUUUCGGCGUAAAAAAAUAUUCGAAAAUUAAAAAAAAAGAGGAAAGGUGGUUUUUUUUUGAAAAAGAAAAUUGAAAUUAAAUUUUUUAUCUAAAAAAAUUCACUGUUUCAAAAAUUUGAUAAAUGAAUUUUCAAGGUUUCCAAAUUUAUUAACAAUUACUAUCGUGCCGGCAAAAAUCCUUGAAAGUUCAAAAUUCAAAUUUAUAUGUAGUGUCAAAAAAAUUAUUCGAAAAUUAAAAAAAAUAACAGGAAGAAAAUUAAAUCUAAACUUGAAAUUAAAUUUUUUUUGUCCCAAAAAAUUCACUGUUUCAAAAAAUUUGAUGAAUGAAUUUUCAAGGUUUCAAUUUUAUUAACACAAUCGUGCCGCCGAAAAUUCUUGAAAAUACAAAAUUUUAAUAGUUGGUGUCAGAAAAAAUAUUCGAAAAUUAAAAAAAACAAAAAGAAAAUCGAAAUUGAAACGGAAAUUAAAAUUUUCAUCCAAAAAAUUCACUGUUUCAAAAAAUUUGAUGAAUGAAUUUUCAAGGUUUCAAUUUUAUUAACACAAUCGUGCCGCCGAAAAUUCUUGAAAAUACAAAAUUUUAAUAGUUGGUGUCAGAAAAAAUAUUCGAAAAUUAAAAAAAAACAAAAAAGAAAAUCGAAAUUGAAACGGAAAUUAAAAUUUUCAUCCAAAAAAUUCACUGUUUCAAAAAUUUGAUGAAUGAAUUUUCAAGGUUUCAAUUUUAUUAACACAAUCGUGCCGCCGAAAAUUCUUGAAAAUACAAAAUUUUAAUAGUUGGUGUCAGAAAAAAUAUUCGAAAAUUAAAAAAAACAAAAAGAAAAUCGAAAUUGAAACGGAAAUUAAAAUUUUCAUCCAAAAAAUUCACUGUUUCAAAAAUUCCAUUAAUAAAUUUUCAAGUUUCCAAUUUUACUAAAAAUAUCGAAAUUCCAAUUUUUGGCGUUAAAAAAUUAUUCGAAAAUUAAAAAAAAUUGAAAUUAAACCUAAAAUUAAAAUUUUUAUCCGAAAAAAUUCACUGUUUCAAAAAUUUGAUGAAUAAAUUUUCAAGGUUUCCAAAUUUAAUUGUAUGAAAAAUCCUAAUUCUAAUUUUUUACACCAGAAAAAUCAUUCAAAAAAUCACUGUUUCAAAAAAUCCUAUGAAUUUUUUUGUGAAAUGUUUUCUUCAGUGAAUCUUCAUUUCCUACUGCAUGAAUGGCUCACUAAUUUUCAAACAAAAAUGUACAGAAAAGUUAUCAUAAAUAAAAUUUUUACUGUUUCAAAAUUUAAUUUUGGCUUUGUUCAGAAUUUCAGUAAACAUUCACAGAUUCAAAAAUGUUGAAAAAAAAUCAACUAAAAAUUCACUGUUUCAGAAAUUUUAUGAAUUUUGGGUGAAUAUUUUUCUGCAGUAAAGUACAAAUUUAUUUUUUAAAAAAUUACUGUUUCAAAAUUUUCCAUUUUUCACUAAAUUCUUCAAAAUUUCAACAAAAAACUCAUUUUUUCCAGGGAAGACGACGAAGAAGAAGGAAAACCAGCAGCGAAAAAAGCCUUGAGCUCAUGGCUCCAAAAUAAGGAAAAUUCUGAAAAUAUCCCCAAAAGACAUGCCUAUUUCGAGGAAAAAUGUAUGAAAAAUGUGCUCAAUUUUUGAAAAUUUUAAUUUGAAAAUUUUUAAAUUUCAAAUUUCACCGGUUUUUUCAAGAUACUCACUAUAAAAAUUCACUUUUUUUUCUAUUUUUUUGACUAUUUUUGAAAAAUUCACUGUUUCAAGCAGUUUUAAAAUAUUUUUCAGUAGAUUUUAAUGAUCAAUUCUUUAAUUUUGAAUUCCUCCAGAUGAUUUUUGGGCUGAGUUUCACCAAAAUCGCCAGUGUUUUAUUUUUUGGCCUAUAUGUUUAACAAUUUCUGGCAACUUUAUAAGCUAUUUACACCGGAGUUGUGUGCGGAAAAUUUGGAGAAUGAAGAAUUGCUCAGAAAUUGCUAUUUGGUGAGUUUUCCGCGCAAGCUCCGGAAAAGUUAGCCGAACUUAUUUUUUUGCAGCCAAGUCACUUGCCGAAUUCUGAUGGAAAAUUCGAGAAACUUCAACUUCGAAUCUAUAUUUCACAGAAAAACGAUUAUUUGGGAGAAUUGGCGAUGAAAUUUGAGGAUUUGCAAAUUAGUGAAGAGAGGAGGAAAAGUGUGAGUUUUUGAGGGGAAAAUUUGAAUUUGAGAAAAAAAUUUGAAAUUUUUUUGAAACAGUGAUGUUUUUUAAUGUUUCAAAAAAUAUCUAUUAUAUUUGAAAGAAAUGCCAUAAGCGACUGACCAAAAAAUCAAAACUCAGAAAUUUUAUUCAAAAAAAUUUGAAACAGUAAAAAAUUGUUUUGAAGAUCAUAUAUAUGUGGACUGAUCAAUUUUCCAAGUUUUCAGAUUUCUCGUGAAAAUUUUUUGAAACAGUGAGAAAUUUUCGAAUUUUAAACACGAGGCACAAAAAGUAGCAGCAAGUUUAUAUCAGAAAAUUUACGAUAAUUUUGAAACAGUAAUUUUUUUCGUGAAUAAUUCGGAAGUUGUCGAGACUAUUUUCCCGAGUCCAGAAUAUUUUCUUUACAAUUUUUUGAAACAGUAAAAUUUUUUGUUUAAUUUUUUUUCUGUUUAGAAAAAUGUUUCAUGAAAAUUUCUUGAAACAGUAAAAAUUUAGAAUUUUUUUCUCAAAACAAAAUUAUGACCAAAAUGUUCCCCCAUAAAUUAAAUUUUUGGAAAUUUCAAGCGUGAUUUGUCUAAAUUUUGAAACAGUGAAUUAUUUUUCUUAGUUUUCAGAAUAAUUUAGAAAUAGAAGUUUCUGUUGAAUUAUCUUUGCCCGAAAACAAUCAAUUUUCCAAAAUCUCGAAUUUUUCAUUAAAAUUUUUUGAAACAGUGAGAAAUUUUUGAAUUUUAUUUGAAGUAGAUCAUUUUUACGAGUUCAGAAAAUUUUCUAUACAAAUUUUUUUGAAACAGUGUUUUUUUCUUCAAAAUUUCGAUAGAAGAAAAUUAAUUAAUUUUUACUGUUUCAGAAAAUUUUCAUGAUAAUUUUUGAACCAUUAAAAAAUCGAUAGUUUUUAAAAAAUUUCUAUACAAAAUUUCCCAAAAAAAUUUUAUUUUUGAAAAUUUCAACGUGCCCCGUUUUUUCUCCCCCAGAAAAUCCAAUUUCUUCUACAGAUCAACAUCACAAUUCCAAAAUCAGUAUCUUCAAAUGGAUUCCUGUAUGCUCAUGUUAUACUUCUUCCCCAAAAUUAUGAAGGAACAAAUCCGAUGACUGUAAGAAUCUAAAAAAUCUAAAAAUUUCAGAAAAUCUUUGAAUUUUUCAGGCUCCCUGGAAAGUUCACGCCGGCUCUCAAAUGAUUGUUUUCCAAGAACCUGUCGCCAAAACUUUCAAUCUUCUGCAAACUGAAAAAAUUGUGGAAAAUGAGAAGAAACCGAAGAGAAAAACAGUUACUGUAAGUUGGAAUUGAAGGCUGAAAAUCUGAAAAAUUUUCAGAUUUCUGCGCAUUUUCGAAGUGUUCUACCGAUCAGAAUUGCUACGGAUUCCACGAAUUUUUUGAUGGAAAAAGCGACACCAGAGUUACGGUAAGUUUUUUGAGAUUUUGAAAAUUGCAGCAAUGACGUGGCAAAUUUUGAAAAUUUUGAAACAGUGAAUAUUUUUUGAUGACAAAAAUAGUUAAAAAAUAUUGCUGUUUCAGAUUUUCCAAAAAACAGCCAUGAAAAAUUAAAAUUUCUGUUAAAAAAAAAGAAUAUGAGUUAUGACGUGGCAAAUUUUCAAAAAAGGACGAAAUGAAUAUAUCAAAAACGAUUUUACAAGAAAAAAUAUAUGAAAAUUUUGAAACAGUGAAUAUUUUUCGAAGAUAAAAAUUCACUGUUUCAAAAAUAAUUGUAAUACAAUUUUUGAAUUUGUCAAAAUAAUAAUAAAUAUAAUCAUUUUAAUUAUUAAAAAUUAAAAAGUUUCCAUUAAAAAUCUUCAGUGAUUCUGGAUUUUGGUAAAUAAUUUUAAAUUUGAUAGUUAGAAACUGCUAAAUUACAUUAUUAAUCUAUCAAAUACACAUUUUUCGUUAAAAAAUAUAUGAAAAUUUUGAAACAGUGAACAUUUUUGAAAAUCUUUUCAAAAAAAAACUAAUAAUUUUCUCCAAAAAAUUCACUGUUUCACUGAAAGAGUUCAACGUUUUUUGAUUUAUUAUCAUUUCAUUAAAUGCUCUAUUCUUACAAGGGAAGUGCAUAGGGUUAGGUGUUGAACUUUUGAUGAAACGUUCAAAAUAAACCAAAUCGACCAUGCUGAUCACGAAUCCGAAGUCAAAAAUUGCCACAAAUGCCUGUGAGCACUUUUCUGGAGCUCCAAAGUUGAAAUCGAGUUUUGGUUUUCGUCCAUUUUCACCAUGUUCCUGGGUGGAAAAUCAAUUUUUAUAACACGAAUAAGGUUGUUCUUCACAUUCGAAAACCUAUCAGCUUUUCAGUUUAUCAAAAAAUAUUAAAAACCAGGUCAAAACUGUAAUUUUCGAAAAUGCACGAAAAACUUUGAAAAACGUGUGUAUUUACGUGUGAUUGUGUGUAUUUUCAGGAAAUUCUUGAAAGUUGCAGUUUUCAGCUGGUUUUUCAUAUUUUUCGAAGAACUGAAAAGCGGAUAUGUUUUCGAAUGUGGUGAGCAACCUUAUUCAUGUUAUAAAAAUUUAUUUUCCACCCAGGAACAUGGUGAAAAUGGACGAAAACCAAAACUCAAUUCUAACUUUGGAGCUCCAGAAAAGUGCUCACAGGCAUUUGUGGCAAUUUUUGACUUCGGAUUCGUGAUCAGCAUGGUCGAUUUGAUUUAUUUUGAACGUUUCAUCAAAAGUUCAACACCUAACCCUAUGCACUUCCCUUGUUAGUCAUGAAAAUUACCGGAAUUUUUAAAGGAAAAAAUCUGAAAUUCAAGUUUACCAAGCUGAAAAUGUCCUCAAAAUAACAUUUUCAGCCAAAAAAACCAAACUUAUUAUCAAAAAAAAAUUCACUGUUUCAAAAUUUUUAUUUAAAGAAAAUAUAGAUUUUUCAAAUUUUUUGCAGAGAUUUCCUAACAAUUCGAGAAAUCGAAAAACGCCACGAAUAUUUGCCAAUGUUAUUCAUCGAUGAAAUGUCGAUGAGAAGUCGAGAUUUGGUGGAAAUUGAGAAUUUCAGCGAGAAAAUGAACUUGACAAUCGAUUAUCAACCAACAUCGGUUGCAAAAUUAUUGUUGUUGACAACUUCGGCCAGAACUGUUUAUCAAUUGACAAAACAUGGAUUUAAGGAUAAGGAUAUUGAUGAGGUAAUUGGGAAAAAAUUGGGAGAAAAUUCGGGAAAAAAUCUCACUGUUUCAAAAUUUUGUGAAAUAUAUGUUAGGAAACAUGUUUGGUAUUCCAGAUUUUUUUUUAAAAUCUAAUUAAAACUUUGAAUUUUGAAAUGGCUAAAAAAAUUUAAAUAAAGUUCUAGGAUUAUUCAGGAAAUUUUUGAAUUCAUCCAAUUUUUAGAACUGAAAAAAAUUUUGAAACUGUCAAAAAUUUCGCAAACAAAAUUCAAAAAUUUUCACUGUUUCAAAAUUUCAAUAAUUUUUUUUAAGAGAUACAUUUAUUUGAUUCGCCUGCCAAAAAUUGAACUUCAAACAUAAAAAUUCUCAGAAUUUCAGAUAUUUUCUUGAAUUCACAGUACUAUUUUGCACAAAUCCCGAAUUUUUGAAACAGUGAAUUUUCUGGCAUUUUUUACGUUUCAAAAAAUGUUGGUUAAUUGUAAAAAUUAUAAUUAUUCAAUUGUUGUACUUUUUCAAACUUAACAAAAAGAGCGAAUCAAUUUUUUUGUUCAAGAAAUAAUUUUCACUGUUUCAAAAAUCCCCAUAAUUCCCAUAUGUUUUCCAGCUUCGCGGAUUGUUCACCGAAACUUCUUUGCUCCUUCUAAUGCUCACAUUUUUCGUCUCAACACUUCAUUUGCUUUUCGAUGCGUUGGCUUUCAAAAAUGAUAUUUCGUUUUGGAGAGGAAGAGAUUCGAUGGUUGGAUUGUCGUCGAAGUUGGUUUUUUUGGGGAUUUUUUAGGGUAAAAAUUAUAUUUUAAGCAUAAAAUCAGAAUUUCCUAGCUCCUGAAAUAUUCAAGAUAAUUUUGAAACAGUAGAAAUUUUCAUAAUCGAAAAAUCGAUAAUUUUUUGAUUAAAAGUCUGUAAUUAGCUAAUUUCAUUUGAAAAUUAACAAUUUUUCAUUGUAAAAUCUCACUGUUUCAGAAUUUUCAUGAAUAAUUUAGAAAUUUAGACAAAUCUAGUCUGAUUUAUGGAUGAAUUGUGUAAAAAUUAAGAUUAUUUUGAAACAGUGAUAUUUGAAAAAACUUUUUUAAUGAAAUCAGAUUUGAGAUACUGGAUUUCUUUAGGAAUUUUUGAAACAGUGAGAUUUUUUGGGAUAUAUAAAUUAAGGAUUGAACAGAAUUUCCAAAAUUCAGAAUUUUAUAUAAAAAUUUUGAAACAGUGAACAUUUUUAGAGGAUUUUUGACUGAAAAAUGCUUGUAUUUAUUAUUGGUAAUCUAAUUUUAAUUUAAAAAUUUGAAAUAAUUUUGAAACAGUAAAUUUUAAACCAGAAAAAAUCGAGUAUUUUGUUACAGAACCCUCCUUUGGCGUUGUUUUUCGCAAACAAUAAUAUUUUUCUAUUUACACGAUCAAAAAACAUCAUUAUUAGUGCUAAUCCCAGCCGGAAUUUCAACAAUAAUCGAAUAUUGGAAAAUCACAAUCGCCUACAAAAUUCGAAUCUCAUUUCAAAAUGGAAUUUCAUUUGGAAAACAUUCGAAAGAAGAAACAGAAACCGAAUCGAUUGAUUCAGAAGCAAUGAAAUAUUUAUCGAUUAUUUUGGUACCUUUGAUUAUUUGUGGAAGUGUUUAUAGUUUGAUGUAUAUUCCACAAACUUCGUGGAAAUCUUGGAUUUUACAAAUGCUUUCGAAUGGUGUUUAUGCUUUUGGAUUCCUUUUUAUGCUACCACAAUUGUUUGUUAAUUAUAAAUUGAAAAGUGUUGCGCAUUUACCGUGGAGAGCUUUUAUGUAUAAGGUAGGGGAAAAUUCACUGUUUCACAAAAUUAAUGUGAAAAAGUUCUUGGAAUUUUUAUGCUAUAUAGAAAUUUUCACAAAAUAUUGCUGGAGCCUGAGAAAUAGUUCAGAAAACUCUUAAAAAUUUGAAUUUUGAAUUAAUUUUGAAGCCAAAAAAUUCACUGUUUCAAAAAUAAUGUUUUAUUUUUUUGUUGAAUUUUAUGAAUUUCGAUGAAACUUCUAAUUUUGAAGCAAAAAAAAAUCACUGUUUCAAGAUUAUUUUAUCUGAAUUUUCGAAUUUUUAAAAGCAAUUUCGAAAAUUUUUUUGGAUAAAAAUUUGGUGUUCUAAAGUCGUCCUAAAGUCCUCAAUAUUUUCACUGUUUCAAAAAUAAUUUUUAAUUUUUUGCUGAAUUUUAUGAAUUUCGAUAAAGCUUUCAGUGACAAUACAAGAAUUCAUUUGAAAAUCGAAUUUUUCUGUUCAAAAUUUUUUACUGUUUCAAAAAUUUGAUGUAAAAAUUUUCAAAUUUUAAGAGAUGUUAAUAAGAUCGCAAAUUAUAAAAUUUGUACCAAAAUCUAGAGAAAUUUUGAAAAAUUCUGAAAAUUUCAAAUGUUUGCAGGCUUUCAACACAUUUAUCGACGAUCUUUUUGCAUUUAUUAUAACAAUGCCAACUGCUCACAGAAUGGCGUGUUUCAGGUAUUUUUUAUCGAUUUUUGGGCUCAAAAUUGGCUCAGGGCCCAAAAUAGAUGCUCCUGGGCUCAAUUUCCACGUUUUUUGCUCAAAACCUGCUCAAUUCCUAUUUUUUCCAGGGAUGACAUUGUUUUUGUGAUUUAUUUGUAUCAAAGAUGGUUAUAUCCAGUCGAUUAUUCAAGACCAAAUGAAUAUGGAGAAAUUAAAAAAGAAGAAGAAGAAAAAUUGAAAAAAGAGAAUUAG